CGCGAACCUUUAGGGUCGAAUGGACAGACGGUUAAAAAAAAAGAUGGCGGAUGACAAGAGCAAUAGCAUAGGCAGUCAUUCCGCUAAUAAACGUUUCUGGAGCCCUUCCGCUCGCGGAGCGGCGGUGGUGUUUCUCUGCGUGCUGUUGGCGGAGCCCGCGCGAGCUACCACGCACUGGGUGGUGACGGAGGACGGCAAGAUCCAGCAGCAGGUGGACUCUCCUCUUAACUUGAAACAUCCCCACCAUUUAGUUCUUUUCAUGCAGCAAGAGACUCGUGUGAACUACCUCAAGAAGUUAGAGAAGCAACUAGUCGCUCAGAAGAUUCACAUUGAAGAGAACGAAGACCGGGACACAGGUUUAGAGCAGCGACAUUAUAAAGAAGAUGCUGACUGUGUCACAGCUAAAGUUCCUCUGGGAGACCUGGAUCUAUACGAUGGCACGUUUAUAUCCCUGGAGGGCAAAGACAUAAAUCCAGAGGAUUUUUUGGAUCAGAUGUCACCUUUACCUACAGACCUGGAAAAACCUGACUGCGCUAAAGUUCUCGAUCUUCCUUAUAGCAUUCAUGCAUUUCAGCACCUCAGGGGUGUACAAGAGAAGGUAAACUUAACAUCACCCUUGCUUUCAAAGGACGACCCGAUCUUUACCUCCCUGUCUCUUAAGCUGGGACAAAGCGUAGAUGAGAUUGGGCAUCGGAUACACCAGGCCCUCUUAAAGAAUUCCUCUUCAUGGGUGCUUUAUAACUUGGCCUCGUUCUACUGGCGGAUGAAGAAUGAACCCAAGCGAGCUGUGGACUGUGUGGUCCGCGCCCUCCACUUUUCUCCAAGGCAGCACAAAGAUGUUGCUCUCAUCAAUAUGGCAAACAUACUUCACAGAGCGCACUUCUCGGCUGACGCUGCCAUCCUCGCCCACGCUGCUCUGGAUCUCACCACCGAUCUCCUAACCAGCCAUUACACCCUUGGCAAUAUUUACGCCAUGUUGGGGGAGUAUAAUCACUCCGUGCUGUGCUAUGAGCAGGCCCUGCAGGCUCAGCCGGGCUUUGAGCAGGCCCUGAGGAGGAAGCAUGCCGUCCUCUGUCAGCAGAAGCUGGAGCAGCGGCUUGAGGCUCAGCAUCGGUCUUUGCAGCGCACCCUGAAUGAACUGAAGGAGUACCAAAAGCAGCACGAUCAUUACCUGAGGCAGCAGGAGAUGCUGGACAAGCACAAGCUCAUUCAGGAAGAGCAGAUUCUGAGAAAUAUCAUCCACGAGACCCAAAUGGCUAAAGAAGCUCAACUCGGAAAUCACCAAAUGUGUCACAUGGGCCAGCAGAAGUUCACCCUGCACUGCCCGUAUGACUUGCCUGUGCGGUAUCACCGCGGAGAACUGUUUGAAAAUGUCCACUACAUUCAGUUUGGUGAAGAAGUGUCAAUAGCCAGCAGUGUUGCUCUGGUGUCUGAGUUGAGUGUGAAUGAGAGUCACAGUCCUCAGCAGUCCUACUCGGUGUCUUUAGGACGGGAACCUGCAGCCCACUGGGAGAAGGAGACCACCUCCAUCGAUGAAAGCCAUACAGUGCUAUGGCCUAGGAGGUCAGACUGUGCUCAACGAUUUCCCACAGUUCCUCCUGCGCACCUACUUCCCACCUAUUACCUGCCACCUGAGUCCCGCAACUUUAAGGCUCUGAAUAUCCUCUUGGAGAGCAAAAGUCCUCCAUCAUCAGAAAAGAUGCCGGACUGCAGCUUUAAGAACCUCGUUACCGCUAGAGACCCACUGGACUCUCUGGCCUGGGCCUUGGAGAAGGAGCUGCCUGACCCACAUGCUGCUGAGGUGUUGCUGAAGCGCAGUGGUGGGAGGAGUUUGGAGCAAACUGGAGCACUGAUUGCUCAGGCUCUGGAUAAGAUGAGUGGGCCGCGGUGGAUGAUGCAGAACGAAGCAGGUCUUUUCUGGCGUGCUAAAGGAAAUGGGACACAAGCUCUGGCGUGCCUGCGUCAGGCGCUCCAUUCUGCCCCUCCUCAGCACAGAGACAUGCCUCUGGUCAACACUGCCAACCUGCUGCUGCACUACGGCCUGCACGACGAGGCCCAUGAGCUGCUGCAACAGGCCCUGCAGAUCAACCGCUCAGAGCCUCACACCCUGUUAAGUCUGGUCAACGUUCACCUCUCUCAGGGAAACCUGACUGGCGCUCUGGCCGUGUUUCGUCGGGCCCUGACUCUCACGGUUCACUGUCCCCAGUGCCGUGCCAGCCUGCCUCUAAUGCGCUGUCUCCAGUUUUACCCCUUCCUUUACAAUCUCCAGCACCAGGCCUGUCCAUCUGGCUCUGGCUGUGAGGCAGAGGAAGACGCAGAGCUGGAGGAAUGGGACACGGCCAGCAGCAGCAGCAGCGGCGGCGGCAGGCAGGAGGCCUGGGACACUGAUGCCAUGCCUGUGUCUGCUUUGGAAGACUCUCUCCUCUUUGAGAGUAAGAUUAAUAAUGAAGCUUAUGGGGCCUUCUUUCUCUGUGUUGAUGUUCACGUACAAUACAAGGUUGUGGUGGACAGCAAUGGUUCUGGGGAGGUGAGCGGGCAGGACAGGGUCCGAGAGCAAAAGACUGACGGGGUGGAGGAAGAGGAGCAGGACUGGCGUCUGAGAGAAGAGCUGAUAGGAGCAUUCGAGGGGGCUCUGGACAUGAACGGGAAGACAGGGGACCUACGGGGCAUCCGCGUGCUAAAAAACGACAGGGUCAUGGGGGCAAGAGGGGGAGGACCUUGCUUCGGUAACUGUGAGGAUGAUGAGGGAGCUGAAUGGAUAACAUUCCAGGUGAAACGUGUGAAAAAGCCAAAAACUGACUCCUCGGAGGGCUGGGUAGGAGAUGGAGAUAAUCAGGGAGAACCUGCAGCGAGCAACUCCAUCCUUGAGAUCAGUGGACCCACGAUCCCCUCGCCUGGUCCCUCAGAGAGAUGGAAGGACUACAGCAGUCUGGGUUGGCCCGGUCCAGAGGAAUGUCAGCGUACCCGUCGCGUGGACCUCACAACUGUGGCUAGUACCUGGCUGGCUGUUUCUGCCAAGAACAUAGAUAUCACAGAGCAUAUAGACUUUGCCACGCCGCUUCAGGAGCCAGCCGUGGAGCCGGUGUGCAACGCCAAUCUCCCUGCUAGUAUGCACACGCUGGACCAUCUGAGCGGAGUGGCCAACCGCGGAGGCAUCCACUAUACCGGAGAGAGCCAACUCAGAGAGGUGUUGCAGAAUCUGGGAAAAGAUAAAUUUCCCUCACAGUCUUUUGAACAAGUGGGAACACGUAUUGCAAAGGUGUUGGAAAAGAAUCAGACGUCCUGGGUUCUGUCCAGCAUGGCAGCGUUGUACUGGAGGGUGAAAGGUCAGGGAAAGAGAGCCAUCGACUGCCUCCGCCAGGCUCUGAACUACGCUCCUCACCACAUGAAGGAUGUGCCUCUCAUCAGCCUUGCCAACAUCUUCCAAAAUGCGAGGUUAUGGGAGGACGCCCUGACUGUGGCACGCAUGGCAGUGGAAAUUGCUCCUCACUUUGUGGUUAACCAUUUCACUCUGGCAAAUGUUUAUAUAGCUAUGGAGGAGUUUGAGAAGGCCAUGCAUUGGUACGAGUCGACUCUAAAACUCCAGCCAGAAUUUGGGCCAGCCAAAGAUCGUCUGCGCACCAUCCAGUGCUACCUCCUCUCCAAGAGGGACCGGCGAGCUCCCUGAGGACACUACACACACACACACACACACACACACGCACGCACGCACGCACAAACGUGACAUUAACAUGCUCCUUAAUAUUAGCUAUCAGUGAGGAACACGGUGUUUGUCUAUUCGUUGUCUUAAUUUCAUAACUAUAGACCAUAUCAUUACUGUUUCUAAGGUUGGCGUUCAGUUGAGUUCUUGAAACGGUUUCCCUUUUUUCAGAUCUUUAUGAAAAUUUUAUGAUGUUGUUUUAUGGCUUAAGGGUUGUUUAUUUCUUGAUUGUUCCUGUAAAGGGAUAUUUUGGCUGGGGUCGAGAUUCAACGUUUGAAUGUGUCAGACUGUAUUUGAAUGCUGUUUCUUUUAACAAUAAUACCAAUAAUACAAUGCAUCUUUUAGUCUCACCAUAUCCAUGUCGCUCUCUCUCUCUCAGCAAUAGCUCCUAGGUGUAUAAAGGGUGUCUGUUUUGCAGAAUACAGAUCGUUAAAAGAAACACCGUAGUCUUUUACGUUACACAGCCAUUCUCAGAUUUAAUUACGUCUAAUGGCAACAGUUCAGGGUGUUGUAGGCACUUCUUGUAUCUUCCAUCAGAGCAGGCUGAAGCAUUGGGUGUUUUUUUUUUUUUUUUUUUUUAGCUGAAAGUAUCCAAUACUGCAAACAUGUGGACAGGAGAAUUUCCAUCGGUGUACUGUACUGCUUUCAAACUUAACCGACAUUAGCGUGUAGUCUGAAGACUGAGCCACUGCAAAUAUUUAAACUUAACAAAAGAUCAGUAGCAAAAAUGUGUUUUUGAGAUUUUAACAAAUGUGCUUUCCUUUCAGUUUUAAAAAGGGACCUUUUAAUAAGAAGAUUGUUUUGCUCAAAGUUACAAAAUAUUCUACCAUUCACUUUACUUUGCACAGCUGAGCUGUUGACUCUAAUAUCUUGAUCUGUACUGUUCUGUUUAAUAUUUAGAAAGUCAAGAUAAACAUUACUGUGUCCAUAGUCUAUAUGAAAACAUACAGGUUCCUCCGAAAUUAAAGUGUGGACAUGCGGUUUUUAAAAAAACGUGUUUAUGGUUGUUUUCUGAUGAUUUUACUAAAUUAAACUUGAAUCUCGGUUCA